AUGGUCUAUCGCAUUUACGACAUCAAGUCAGAGACACAGAGCGGUCGCAACACGCCGCCUGAACGACCAGCCCAGCCCUACCAUGUCAGCGAGCCCCCGUACGAGGGCUACCAUGCCGUCGAGCAGAGCGCAUACCGCAGCAGCGCUCCCGACAGCGCCAUAGUCAUCGACAAUGGUAUGCUCUCGCUCCCUAGCACCUUCUAUUCUGCCUGUCACUGA